UUCUUUUCCUCGCUGAGUUGCCGGAGUGCUGGAGCUCAUACAUACCGCACAUGAGAGGAGGGAGGCGGCUCCAUGUGGCGGACACGCGUUUCCUCCCCCAUCCUCUGAAUGGGAAGAAGCGCUACAAAGUCCGGCUCUCCGCCUCAUCAGUCGGUGCGAAGUUUCCGACGGAAGGGAUCCGGUCCCACCGCCACUCACCGAAGGCGAUGCGCAUUAUUUUAUUUUUAUUCUCACACUGGUGCGUUUUUCGUGCAAGCAAACGUCUCUGUAUGGAGUCAACCGGAGUAACGGUUUUCUGGAAAAUGUUUUUCCCUGCUAACGCUACUCCCCGAUCGGCACUGUAGUUUAGGCUUGGCUGCAUCCUUAGGGUGCCAUGCUGCCAGGAACAUCAUAAAGGGAUCUGCUUGUUGCUGUAGGCGCCUUUUCAUACUUAAUUUUUCUUGGGGGCUUUACGACUCUUUGCAAAUUUCUACCGUUAUGACUUAAAUUACAAUUAAAUACAGAACAUCGGUUCUUCUUUACAGUCCCUCGGUAAAACGAGUAUUACUAGUCCCGAUUCGCGCAGUCCUCGUCUGUAGCGGCUGCAGAUAAAUGCUCGGGGAAAAGUGACACAUGCGCCGGUGUAAGUGACAGACACCGCUGCUGCGUGAUGCUGCGGGUGGAGGCGAUGGCAGCCGCGCUUCUGCUCAUCUUGAUGUGCGUUUUGAGCCGGGAGCUGUCCAGCCAGGAGGUGGCAGAUCGCUAUGCCGUCUACUGGAACCGCAGCAACCCCAGGUUCCAGCACGGUGACUAUCACAUCGACGUUUGCAUCAACGACUACCUGGAUGUGUUCUGUCCGUACUACGAACCCUCGGUGCUGGACCAUCGUGCCGAGCACUACGUGCUCUAUAUGGUGAACUACGAUGGCUACAGUGUCUGUGAGCACCUUGCUAAGGGCUUCAAGCGCUGGGAGUGCAACCAGCCACACUCACCUCUCAAGUUCUCAGAGAAGUUCCAGCUUUUCACCCCAUUCUCUCUGGGCUUUGAGUUCCGACCCGGCAGGGAGUACUACUACAUCUCAUCUACCACAGCUGGAAAUGGAAAAAGGACAUGUUUAAAGCUUAAAGUCUUUGUUCGACCAUCAAACAGCUGUGUAAAAACUGCAGGGUCUGAUCGCGUAUUUGAUGUCAGUGACAAUUCAUUAGAACCAAGAGAUGACACAAUCCACGAGUCUGCAGAGCCUUCUGGGAGUGACGUCAGCGUGGGCGGGCACCUGGCCUGCACUGCCCUCUCACUGUUGUCAUUCAUACUUUACCUGGCAGUGCACCUGGUCUCAUAACACCUAGGAAUUGGAACCAAAGUGCAGCAGUUAAACUACACGACUGUCUGCAUGAGUAUGUGAGGGAGGCCCCAGCCUCACCCACAUUAAGAAGCAAAAUCUGUGAUUUUGAUGGAUAUUUUCUAAACAAUUUUUCUGUCCCCAAGUCACACUGCAUCAUCCAUUCAAACACACAGACACACGUAUGAGUACCAGUGUCAUAAGUAGAUCUGUCCACAAGGUUUGGUUGUUGUUACAUAGCACUGGUUCGUUUCACUGCCGAGGGCCAUUUCACCACUGAUCGUUCCACUCCUGGAGUGAAUAUACAUUUUAACCAAUUAAUUUAACAACCUUAAAACCACUCAUUACCUAAGGAAGUGGUCUUGGGUUCAAGAAUAAUUUAAAGGUGAAAUGAUUUUUGCAGGGAAGCAUUAUGUUUCAUGUAUUCUGGCUAAUUUAAAGAUGGUUUUGGAGCAACAUAACCAGGUUACUGUUGUGCAUCGGCCUUGUAAUUCGAUUACCUGGUAAACUACACUUUAAACUGCAUGCCAUAUUGAGCAGGUACACUACACUGGUAUACUAAACAGUAAACUGAACAGGUAAGUUACACUUGUAUAAUACAUAAUAUAUUGCACAGGUACACUACACUGGUAUCCUACCUGGUAUAUUGCACAGGCAUAUUACCCUCUAUACUAUAUAGCAUACUACACUGGUAUAGUGUACAGAUACACAAACAAAAGUAUGUUAAACGUAGGUUUAGGCUGAGCCUUAGCCAGGCUUAGCUGUACACUCGCCAUUGUUCACACAAUCCAGCCUAUUCAUUGUCUCUGGGGUCGGGCUGCAUGACUAAUUGGUUUUGAAUCACAAUCUUGAUUCAUACCCUAUGCAAUCCCAUUCUAGGCUGAAUCUCAAUCUCAAUUCAUAUCACUAUUUGAUCUCAUUCUUUUACUGAAUUGCAAUCAUGAUUCAUACCUCUGUAUGAUCUUAUUCUCAUGCGAUAUGGAUUCUGCCGCGUUUGCAUUAGCGGGCAGAUCUGUUACAUCAAACCAAGCUCUCCCUUUUCUCCAGCAGCGUCAAUAAAUCACAGGACUGCGUUAUAUUGUCCAAUAUUUUCCAAUAUUGCAUUACAGGAAGAGAGGGCAGAAAAACGUGUUACAUUAAAGAGCAGAUGAGGAUUAAGUUUAUUGGCAUUUCUUAUUGGAAAUGCUGCCACAGAUUAACGGAAUGGUGUUAAGUUGUUUUUUAUUCUGUGCAAUGAUUGAUCUGUAGACCUGAUGUAACAAUAAAUUAUAAACAUUUCACAGGCGGGCACUUUGAGACCUCUUAUAAAUGGUGAAUGAGCUGACAAAGCCAAAACACUGAUAUACCUGCAUCUCCACAUAGUCUGUUCCAUCUUCAUAAAGAUCGCAUGGAAGGCAAAAUAAGAAGAAACAAAUGUAUCGCUCAAGAACCAAGAGACGAAAAUCACAAUCUAAUUUGCAAACGAAAAUAUCUCAAUUCGUCGUUUCUCCAGAGUUCUGCCCCACUGUGGGGUCUGCAGCAAUUCGGGGCCCCACCUAGAGCAGAUUCAUAUCCAGAGGGUGUGCAGUACUAGGUCAGAACUCGGAGAAUUGCCUUUUAAACAAGGAAUGAGGGAUUUCAUGGAUACUGUGUAUCCAUCUCACAGUGACUGGUGGUGGACAGACAUGAAUAACAGUCCAGUGCACUGCAUCAGGAGAGGAAAUCAACACACACUGUUUAUAAAACUUGUGGAAGAUGUGGAAAUUUACAUUUACAAACAGAACUUUUCUGUAAAUAAUGUUUGAUAUUAAUUUCAUUUGUAUGUCUUUUAUAUUUAAAAAAAAGGCCAUGGGUGUUUUGUAACAUAUUGGCGGCCCUGGGCACUGACAAAGCACUGACACAGCACUGACAUGUUCUGCUGCUUGCAGAUGGAGGUGUCAUCAGUCUGUUUUUCAUCACUCAUCAUCAAUGACUGUGAUAAGUUGGAAGAACUGCUGUUCUGCUGUGGUCUCAUUUGAUGCCACGAUUUUGGCUAGACUUCCCUCUGCAGCAGUCUAUCUGUGACAUUUCACUUAGGGCGUACUCACACUUGGCCCGGUUGCUUUGUACCAUGCCCAGGCACGACUGUCCCCCCUCCCCACUCCUCCGCUGGUCUGCGCUCACAUGGUGCUUAACGAUCUGGGGCCAAGCGUGCUUUUGUCAUCGCCAUGCAACUUCUUGUGUUUAACAGGAAGUAUGUCCCUCACAUAGCACAAUAUACUUCAUGAUUAAUGUCUUUAUUUUGUGGCUUACUUGGAGUGAUUUUGGGCACGAUGACACACGACCCUCUUAGAGAUCUAUUGAGUAGGCAGUGCAGCAAUUUUCCUUGAAUCGGGCUGCAUGUACAAGAACAUAUUGUACCGAAUAUUUCAGACUUUUUAUGUGUUGUAUCCAGUUGUUCCUAGAAGCUCUCGUCACCCAAAUUUCCAGCAAACACUGCAUC